CGGCUGGGGGCUGCGCCUCGGCCUUCAACCCGGUAUGACUAGACUAGGCCGUCCAGUCUCCGCGGUGCUUAAAAGAAAUAUGCAGCUUUGAGCGUCGUUGACGCCCAGGGUGUAGCGCUCGGUGUAUUUGUUUACGUGGUUAUAGAGUGGUGCUCGGCGCGGCGAAUCAGUUCUUCCUUUAUUAUUUGAUAUAGGCGAUCGGGGCUGGAGCAACGAUGGCCAUUAACCUGACUAAGAAUAAGGACGCGCUGGUGGCCGCCUGGCAGAGCGGCGUUGACGAUAAGUCGCCCACCAAUUGGGCUGUGUAUAGUUACGAGGGCCAAACAAACAAUUUGAAAGUUGUUAAUACUGGAAAAGGAGGAUUAGAAGAGAUGAUCGAAGAAUUGAAUAGUGGAAUGAUAAUGUAUGCUUUUUGUCGUGUCAUCGACAUUAAAACUACUUUGCCAAAAUGUUUACUUAUCAAUUGGCAAGGCGAAGGUGCUCCAAUUGUACGUAAAGGAACUUGCGCAAACCACAUUAGAGAUCUAGAGAGGUUAUUGAAAGGUGCGCAUAUAACGAUAAAUGCUCGCUGCGAAGAAGACGUCGAAGUUGACUUGAUAAUGGAAAAGUUAUCGCGUGCUACAGCUUCUGCUUAUAAAUUUAACGAACCUCGUGGUGAAAAUGGAAGUCACACGGGACCUGUAGGAACUACUUAUCGCAGAGUAAUACCAGCUCAAGAAAUUAAUGCGAGCGAACGUGAUCAAUUUUGGCAACGAGAGGAGAUAGAAGAGAAACAGCGUCUGGAACAAGAACGCAUCCGUCAAGAACAAAACCGACGAAAACUCGAAGAAGAAGUUAGAAAACGCGAAGAAAUAGAAACCCAAUUAAGAGAUCUAAAGGUUACAGCAAAAGAAGGUAUAGUUGCUAAACAAAGGCAAGCGGAGCAAAGAGCCGAAGAGAUUAAGAACUUAAGAAACCAAAAUAUCGCUGCAAAUGAUAGAAACAGUGAUUCGGACGAUGAACCUAAAUCUAGAAGCGACGAGUUGCGAAGACAAAGAAGCAAGGAAGCGCAACAAUUAAUUGCCCAAAGAAUAAUUAAUGCAAGAGCAGUUUUUGAGCAAAAUAGUAGCACUGGGCAAACUAGAACUCCUUUAAUUCAGCAUCAUAAAGGUAAUCAUGUAGAAACUACGAAGAAAGCAUUUGAACAAAAUCAUCUUCAGCAUAAUAAAUUAAAGGAGACCGCUAAAAUUGAGAACAAAUCAAAUAUUGAGAUUAAAUGUGAAAAGAUACAACCUAUUAUACAAUCACAGCCAAAUUCUGAAUUGCGUCAGCCAAAAUCUCAGCAACAAUUGCAAAUGCAACCACAAUCGCAAUUACAACAGCAAAUACAAUUACAGUCACAAUCACAAAUACAACACCAAGUACAAGGGCAACCACAAUCGCAAAUACAUCACCAAACGCAAGUUCAACCACAAUCGCAAACACAACACCAAACACAAGUGCAACCACAACAGCAACUACAGGUCGAACCACAAUUAUCAGUGUCACAGCUGCAAAAUGAUUUACAAGUAAGACCAGAGGAUGGUCCACAAAUAAAAGAAAAUUCUCAUACCGAAAAUAUUAUAAAGCAAUAUCACGAAGAAAAAACUAAUGAUAUUCAACAAAUACAAGAAUCUGUAACUCAACAAACACCGAUACAAAAUAUCGAAGCUGAGAAUGAAUUUUAUGGUCAAUUAGAAACUGGACAAUAUUUAUAUCUUGAUUCUAACAACGAGGGAAUGAAAGCAAGAGCUCUUUAUGAUUACCAGGCAGCCGAUGAUACAGAAAUUACUUUUAAUCCUGGAGAUAUCAUUACGCACAUCGAUGAUAUCGAUGAAGGAUGGUGGCAAGGCUUAGCACCCGAUGGAGUGUAUGGGCUCUUUCCAGCUAAUCAUGUUGAAGUUAUUGAUUAUGGUUCAAUAUGAUGUGAGAAAUUUAUCAAUCAUUACUUUUUAAAAUCAUUGAUAUACUAUGGUGAAAUAAUUCUGGAAACAA